AAUUAAAAUCAGUAAUAAUACAGAGAUUAAAUCAUAUGAAGUCUUUAUAAGUAUCUGCGAAGGCAUUACAUAUGCAGUACCACCCGGAGAUCGGGAAAAGCAUACAAGACAUUGUGAAAUUGUAUUUGCAUCGGUUCAAAAUGGUAAAACAGAAUAUGAAAUCGAAGAACAUCUCUUCAGUAUCCGCGUACUAUGCCGGAAAAAAUGUUUUCAUUACGGGUGGGACUGGCUUUCUUGGCAAGGCCCUUAUAGAGAAACUUCUAUACAGUUGCAAUGACAUUGGCAAAGUGUUCAUGCUUAUACGGGAAAAGAGAGGAGUUUCUGCUCAAGAUAGAAUAAAAGUCAUGCUUGAAACUGAGCCAUUUGCACGACUUAGAAACGAGAGGCCUCAAGACUUCAAAAAGAUUGUUCCCGUAUAUGGUGAUCUAGUAGCUGAUUCGCUCGGAAUCAGUACUGAGGAUCAAAAAAUGCUUUUUGAAGAGGUGUCCGUUGUCUUCCACUUAGCAGCAACAAUUAAAUUUAACGAACCAUUAUCCGUUGCUAUGAAAGUUAACGUAGAAGGCACACACGAAGUUCUGAAAUUGGCGCAAAAAAUGAAGAAAUUGGAAUCCUUCGUCUACAUGUCAACGGCCUUUUCAAACACAUCCCUGCAGAGAUACCACGUGGAAGAGAAAAUGUAUCCUCCACCUAAGCCUAUGGACGAAGUUUACGACCUGAUUAAAAGCAACGAUCCAAAUGAACGUUUUAAUUCCGAUAUUUUAGAUGGUCGCCCAAACACAUACACAUUCACAAAGGCGCUAGCUGAAAACUUUGUUGUCGAUAACCACGGCGACAUACCAUGCGUAAUCGUUCGGCCGUCAGUAGUAACUGCUGCCUUAAAAGAGCCCGUCGAAGGGUGGAUCGACAAUUGGCAAGGAGCGACUCCAGUCCUCUCCCUCAUCGCAAAAGGCUGGGUGCGCUGCCUCUACGGUGAAAAAAUAAACAACUUUGAAAUCAUUCCCAUAGACUACGUCGUGAACCUCACCAUCAUCAGUGGUGCUAAUUGCAAGAAAUCAAAGGAUGUUCCCAUAUACCAUUGCUGCAGCAGCGGAAGUAACCCAAUCACACUAAAGGAAACGUCUAUUUUAUACACUGCAGAGAGCGUGAAGCAUGGAUAUAAUGAACUGCCACUACCAGGAAUGAUAUUUUCAAAAUCAUCAUGGAUUUUAUUCCUCAUGACGCUCUUAUUUCAAGUUAUUCCAUCCUAUUUGGCUGAUUUAUUCCUUUACGCCAUUGGAAAACCAACAAGAUACGUCAAAAUCCAAACUAAACUAGCAUCAUACCUGGAUACCAUUCGUUUCUUCAGCUCACAUUCAUGGAAUAUAACUAACGACAAGACAAGGAGUCUCUACUCCAGUCUUAAUUCUGCUGAUAAGAACCUCUAUCCCUGUGAUGCUAAUCUUAUUAACUGGAAACAGUACAUCCCUAUCUACUUUAGAGGUGUCAAACAAUUCUUAGUAGACCCAGCAGAGAAGAAAAGGCAGUGAAUUAUACAUUAAGUUGUGAUUUCAAAAAAAUCUAAUUGAUAUUUUAAAGUUUGUACAAUAUAGAUUAAUUUAUUAUAAGGCAAUCUUUAUCUGCAACCUCAGAUAUAUUUUUAAUAAUUUAAAAUAGUUAUUAGGGUACUAUACAAAAUUGGGUCUAAAUUUACUUCCGUAUGUCAAAACCAAUUCGGCCUACAGGAUUUAAAAUUACCUCUAAGUCUCGAUUCUGAACAUUACAUGGAUUUUUCUUAAUUAUUUGUAUAGUUCUCUAUCUCUGUGCAUUUACUGAGUGCUAAGUAAAAGAUCUUGCGAUUGUUAUUUUUUUAUUUUUUUUUAUUCGCCUCAAUAUAAAUAUUAUUCGUUUAACAAUAUUUGGAUAUGUUGGUUAAUA